AUGACAGAUUUUCAACAAUUUUCAAACUCACAGAUCUUUGGUGGAUCUAACUCUUCAAAUAUGAUGGAUCCUUGGUCGACUCAAGCCAAUUCAUCAAUCAUUUGGUCAUCUCCCUCGAAUUUUGUACAACAGCCAACUUUUGAUCCAAAGAAAGUUCCAUCGUCAAUCAAGAACUCUCAAUUUAUAAAUAUCUCGAGUGUCACUGCUCAAGAUCCAUGGGUAUCUUCGGCAAUCAGUCUCGAGAAAGCCACAAUUCUCCACCAACAACAACUCAAAGCUAAACAAGAAGCAGCAGUAACAGCAGCAGCAGCAGCAACAUCGCAAGUAAUUUCAACACUUGCCAGCUCAAGUGACGACAGCAUUCAUCAGAUUUCACAGCAGUUUGCUCAGCAACAGCUCUCUGACGACGGCAGCAGCAACGGUGAUAUAGAAGAGGAGAUCAACGGUCAGAGCCGAUACAAGACAGAGUUGUGCCGAUCGUUUGCAGAGACCGGAAUUUGUAGAUAUGGAUUUAAAUGUCAGUUUGCACAUGGUCGUGACGAGCUGAGACCGGUCAUGAGACACCCGAAGUACAAAACAGAAACCUGUAAAACAUUCCACACCGUUGGCAGCUGUCCAUAUGGUUCUCGAUGUAGAUUUAUUCACUCCAAGCCAUCGCCUGCCGAAAAGUUGGAGCUUGCUCAAGAACAAGCUGCCAACUCUUUGGCUACACAACAACAAAUACAACAACAAAUACAACAGCAACAACAACAACAACAGCUUUCACCUCCACAACCACAACAACAACAACAAUCACCACCACAACCAAUUAAACAAAAUCCUUUAAUGCUUUCCAAACCAAUAGAUCUGAGUGCUCCAAUCAAUUGGACUGACUCCUGGGGACCAGACGAAUCAGUAAUGCCACAAGCCUCUGUCAUUGCACAACUUAAAUCAACCAAAGAAGAACCAUUACAACAACAACAAGAUACCAGUAAACGUAGAUUGCAAAUCUUUCGUACCAUUUGCUCUUCCAAUCCAUCUUGGGAAAAUAAAGUGAUAUGUCAACAUCAUCUUCAAACAUCAGAUACAUAUCAUACAAGUUUAAUUGAUAGAAGAAGUAGUAGAAGUAGUAGUAGUAGAAGAAAGAGAAGUAGUAGAAGUAGAAGUAGUAGAAGAGAAGAGUUGUAA